AUGAACUUCGCUGCCAACCUCUCUGAAUACUUCCUGAUGCUGGACGACCGGGUGCGCUGCAUGCCCAAGUUCAUUUCCAGCAUCUACCGGACGCUGUCUGCUUGGAAGGAGCUGCCUUGGGUGACCCUGGAGUUCUCCAGCCUGAGCUUCGCGGGGAAGGUGUUCCGCUCCAGCGACCUCCCCCGCCUGGCCUCCUUCCUCCUCGUGUUCCCCAAGGACACCCCCACGCACUUGCUUCUCUCUGAGUUCCCUCUUCUCCUGGCCCAGAACACACCGAUCCGCUUCGGCUCCUCAGUCUUCUACCACGUGGGCAACCAUUCCGGGCCGGAGAGCGCCUGCUUCCCUGCAGACAAGGAGAAGGUCUUUGGCGAGCCCGACAACCCCACGGCCAGCGUGCGCACGGACAUGGUGGUGCUGUCCACCAACACCCCGCAGUACGCCUACACCCUGAACCGGGAGAGCUUCGCCACCCUCAGCCCCGUCCGAGGCAACCACCUGACGGUGAUCCUGGAGGAGCCCCAGAAGGUCGUCCGGAUCGAGGUGCUGACGGGCUCUGACAAGGAAAGCAAGUACCAGCUGCAGCAAGGGCAUGUGGAGCUGGGCUACGGGCCCCUGGAGGACCUCGGGGGCUGUGCUCGCUACACCCUGCUUGGCCCAGUGGUGGAAGGACGUCUGGACCAGAUGGUGUCUUAUGAAGAAGACUCCCUGGAGGCGCUGGGCUGCAUCCGGCUGCUGGUACUAGAGGCCCAGGAGUCCUGGCUUCUUAUCAGGCAGAUUAGAGUCUGGACCACGGAGUAUGAGGAGGAAGAGGAAGGGUAG